ACAUGUUAGCACCACCGCGACGUAUAUAGCGAACAGAGUGAGGAAAUCCAUGUCUCACCUGGGAGCUUCAUAGAAACGAAACAACAGGGGCAUCCCAUUUUACUGUCUUUAGCAUGACAGGCUUCAGUUUUCCAGACUCCUAUAUGUUUAAAAAAGUUGAAGAGUUUGUCUUUGUUCCUGAAUGAAGAGCAGAUAUGGUGCAUUUAGGCUUUCUCCUGGAUCCAGCAGGCAUCACAAGACACCUCUUGGAUCUGGUUGCUGACUUGGCCCGACACUCAUAUUACAGCUCACAGUGCUGGAGAGGAGAGCAUUACUCAGGAGCUCUGCAUGCACGUCUGUGGAUGCUGUUUAAAAAGUCCUCAGCAUGCCUACGUCCAACCAGGGCUGGCCUGAGGAGUUUGGCUUCCAGCUGGGUGGGAAUGGACCCAGUUAUAUCCUGUCUGUGGAGGAAGGGAGCAGCGCCCACCUGGCAGGGUUGCAGGCCGGGGACCAGGUCCUGGAGAUUGAGGGCCACAAUGUGUCAACGCUGGGUCCGCAAGCCGUUAUCGCCAUCGCCCAAACUCAGAAGAACAUCCCUCCCAGCAUUGGAGUGGUGUCCCGCAUACAGCAGAUGGACAUCAUACCAGGUCCGGAUGGUCGUUUUGGAUUCACCAUUGUGGGAGACUGCCCCCUGCUGGUGGAGGACUGCUCGCCUUGCUCCCCAGCUGGUCGCGCGGGUCUGAGGGCUGGGGAUUACGUCAUGGAGGUCAACGGCAUCCCUGUCAGGCAGCAUGAGACGGCCGCAGCAUUGAUCAAGGCCUCUCAGGGGAGGACGCUCCGUCUAGGGGUGUUGUGUCUCGGCCCGCGGCAGAAACACAGCGUCAGCAUAGAGGACAGUCAGAUGGGAGGAGAGGGGGCGAGACUGGACCGCAAACACAAGGCUCUUGAGUUCAACAGGAAGGUUGAUCAGAUUUUAGGCGAUGAGCCAGAAGUGAAAGAGAGACUCUUCACUGUUCUGAAGCAAUACGCGGCCGAAAAGAGAGUCGAUUGGUUGGCCUACGUCCUGCCGGAAAUACUCGCCACUGAUGAGCAUCGACAGCUCAUCUCCAGCAUCAGAAUCUUCAUUCCCAAGAAGCACCGGCAGCGCUUCGACGAGGCCGUCUCCCAGAAUGUGAUCAACAAGCUCUGCCGCAGCAAGAGCAUCAGCGAGCCACACGGCAGAGUCCGGCGCAGUCGGAGCGAGGAUCACUCUGAGCGCCACCACGGGUCCAAACGGGCCAGCUCAGUGCCCAGGGACGGAGGGGAGCCCGGAGGGAGGGGUGAGGCGGAGAGAGACAGGGGCUUGAGGAAGUCCGUCUGUGGGAAACCUGGGCAUCCCCCCAUCGGACCCAAUCAGAGGAUCGUUCGCGUCUACAGGGGGAAGAAGACCUUCGGCUUCACACUGCGAGGCCACGCUCCCGUCUGCAUCGACUCCGUUAUUCCAGAUAGUCCUGCUGAGGAAUGUGGACUGAAACCAGGCGACCGUAUCCUGUUCCUCAAUGGACUAGACAUGAGGAACUGUUCGCAUGAGAAGGUGGUGUCCAUGCUGCAGGGCAGUGGGGCGAUGCCCACUCUGGUUGUAGAGGAAGGUCCAUCUGACUACUCCUCUGACCAAACAGACCCAGAGGAAUCUCCCAGCCUGGCUCCCACCACGUUACCGCGAUCCAAGUCUCCAGCCCUCAGUUCUCUCCAGUGGGUGGCUGAGAUUCUUCCACCAAGCAUCAAAGUCCACGGGCGGACAUUCAGCCAGCAGCUGGACCACCUGCUGACCAUCCAGGAGAGGUACACCGUCUGCAAGGCCCUGGAGACCUUCUUCCAGCACAGGAAUGUGGACACCCUGAUUGUAGAUGUGUUUCCAGUGUUAGACACCCCGGCCAAGCAACUGAUCUGGCAGUUCAUCUACCAGCUUCUGACCUACGACGAACAGGAACGCUGCCAGGGCAAGCUGUCACGUUUCCUGGGUAUCAAGAGCAAUGCUGUGUUGGAACCUGACGCAGGUCCAGAGCACCACCGGCGGAGCAGCUCUAUGCGCGUGACGGGGACGUCAUACCGCAGCAGCAUCCGAGAGAGGAGCUCUGAUGACUGCAUCAUCGGGACUCACCUGGGAAUGGGAAUUCAUGUCGAUGAAUCUGGCAGCCCGGAGGAGAGGCAGUCAGGAGAUGGAACCUCCUUCCCGGAGUCCCCUGACCUCAAUCAUAUGACAGGUGUGUACACGGAGCUGGAGAACGUGUACGCAGGGAAGAGUGUGUCUCCGCUGCACGGUGACUCCUCAGCGGAGCCCGAGGGCCCGGGACAGACUGAGGCCUACGGGCGCUCUCUCUCCCCCCUCACACUCCCCCCUCUCACAGGUACUCGUAAAUCCGGCCUGUCCCUGACCUGGAAGGAGCCUCUCCCCACUCCUGUGUACGAGAUCCACCACCAGAGCAGCGUGGACUCCAACCCUUACGUCAGCCUGGAGAGCCCCCCGGCCUCGCCUCAGCACUCGGACGGAGGUCUCAACACGCUGACCCACCGCAAGAAGCUGUUCACCUUCUCCCGCCCACCACGCAGCCGUGACACAGACAAGUUCCUGGAUGCCCUGAGCGAGCAGCUGGGCCACCCGGUCACUCUGGUGGAUGACUUUGUGCCCGGCGAGAACGACUAUGAGGAGAUAUAUCAAGGUGGUUGUCAUGGUUUCAGAAGAAGAGGUGUGCCUAUGAGUUUCCAGGAUGAACAGGACCUGGGGUUCAUGCCUCGACAGCUCAGCAGCGCCAGCAGUGAGGAUCACAGUAGCAGCGACGAGGCUUCCUCUCCCACCUACUCCUCAGGCUCUGAACACAUCCCACCACCGCCCACCCAGAGCCCCCCACCUCCCCCGCCCUUCCAGUCCAUGAUACCCCCUCCUCUCCAGUUCACCGACCCCCUGCCGCCCAUCCGCUUCUCCCCGGAGCACAUCCCCCGCAGCCGGAUGCCCUUCCAGCCCCACCACCCCAUCAUCCCUCCUCCCCCACCCCCUCCCAGGACCCUCCUGUCCAGCCGCUCUCCUCUACACAAGGUGGUCCACACCACAGAGGAAGCGGAGAAGACUCACCAGCGCUUCCAGGCCACUUCCACCCGGCUCUCGCACGGCCACACCACCCUGGCCUGCACUACUCUGCGCUCGUCCCAGCCGUCCCGCCCCAGCUACCUCCCACGGCAGCUCAGCCAGCCCCAGCCUAUCCGCCAGCCGUCCCCCCAGCCCUCCCCUCAGGUGCUGAGGCCGAGCCACCUCGUCCUCCAAAGGCACCACCAGCUCCACCACCAACACAGCUACCAGGGCCCGCUACCGCCGUCCCUGGAGGAUCACAGCCCAUCCCAGACCCAAGGCCCCACGGCCUCCUCACUGCUCUCCCAGCCUCCGGCCUCUCACUCCUCCCUCCCCACCCACACUAAGACCUAUGAAACCCUGCGAUCGGAGCACAAGUCACCGCAGGCACCCCCGCCUCCACCUCCACCCCUGCCCCCACCCUGUGACCCGCCUCCGCUGCCCAAGCCAGGCCACCACGCUUCGGACACCAACCACAUGAGCGUGAAGAGGCUGCGCUGGGAGCAGGUGGAGAACUCUGAGGGCACCAUAUGGGGUCAGCUCGGCGAGGAUUCAGACUACGACAAGCUCACUGACAUGGUGAAAUACUUGGAUCUCGAUCUGCACUUUGGUACUCAACGCAGAUCCAAGCCAGCCUUCCUGCCAGAGAACUUUAAAAAGAAAGACGUGGUGGAGAUUCUGUCGCAUAAGAAAGCCUACAACGCAUCCAUCCUCAUCGCCCAUCUGAAGCUCUCCCCCAACGAGCUGCGACAGGUCUUGAUGAACAUGACCACUGACCGUCUGGAGCCGGCGCACAUCAAGCAGCUGCUGCUCUAUGCCCCCGACGACGACGAGGUCAAACAGUACGAGCUGUUUGAGCAAGACCCGGCCAAACUGAGCGAGCCAGACCAGUUCAUUUUCCAGAUGCUGAUGGUGCCUGAGUAUAAGACCCGUCUGCGGAGCCUCCACUUCAAGACAACUCUGCAAGAGAGGACGGAGGAGAUGAAAGUCGCGUACGACUACAUCUACAAGGCUUCAGUGGAGCUGAAGACCAGCAAGAAACUGGCCAAAAUCCUUGAGUUUGUUCUUGCAAUGGGGAAUUACUUGAACAACGGCCAGCCCAAGAGCCACAGGACAACCAGUUUUAAGAUUAACUUCCUGACUGAGCUAAGCACAACCAAAACAGUAGACGGGAAAUCCACCUUUCUCCACAUUCUGGCCAAGUCUCUGUGCCAACAUUUCCCUGAGCUGCUCAACUUUUCCAGAGACCUUACAACAGUUCCUCUGGCAGCCAAGGUGAACCAAAGGGCCAUCACAGCAGAGCUGAGUGACCUUCACUCAACCAUCCAGGACAUCAGGACGGCCUGUCUGAAGAUCCCGCCCACCUCUGAGGACCACUUUGCCUCUGUCAUGAGCAGCUUUCUGGAGAACAGCCACCCUGCGAUCCAGUCUCUUGAGUCUCUGCAGACCCGAGCAAUGGAGGAGUUCUCCAAGGUGGCCUCCUACUUCGGAGAGGACAGCAAGUCCUCCAACACAGAGUCCUUUUUCGGCAUAUUUGCGGAGUUCAUGUCCAAGUUUGAGAGAGCUCUCAAUGAGACGCAGACCCCAGAAAACCCCAGAAGCCCCAGACUGUCUUCCCCUCUGGCCUGGUAGAAGAAAGAAAUGCGAGCGGAUGUCGGGCCAAACCGACAGGCCGGUCGGCUCCAUUUUCAGUCUGCUCUCCAAAACCAAAGUGCCAAGAUCACACACAGAGACACUCGAAACCAACGGGAAGAGAGACCACUUCAUCUAUAGCAAAUAGAAAGAGACAAAAAUGAAAAUCUGUAGAUAAUUACAACAGUUAACGAGUGCCCCGUGUGCAGCAGUGCUGUUAUUUCAGGUGCUGGGUAGAGCAGGAACAUUCAGGUCUCGAAAGGUCAACAGGAACUCAACACACACUGAAGAGUUAAACCAGUUUUUUCCAUUGUGAACAUCUCUUUUUAACACAAGAUAGAAAGAUAGAUACAUAUGAGAAACCAUCCAUGUACAUUUAAUCACUUCAUUGCAUCUCGAUGCUGCAUUAAAAUGAGAUGUUAGCAAUGAAAACAACUGGUGUGGAUAUUUACAGAUAAGUUGCUAUGUUUAUUAUAUGACUAUAUAAAGUUUAUAUUUUCUAUCAGAUCAUAUUUGAAAAAUUGUAAAGAUUAAGCGUAGAUGUAGACUGACGACAGUUAUCUGGUAGUUUAGUUUUACUCACUGCCUCCCAUGUAUUAUGGGAAUUUAAAACAGUCCGACAUUUUGGGAAAAUGAUUCUAUGCUUCCUGAGAGUUGGAUGACAGUUAGCUUAACUUAGCUUAGCAUAAAGACUGGAAACGGGGGGAAACAGCUAGCCUGGCUCUGUCCAAGGACAGCCGGACUAAAGCUCACUAACAUUUUAUCUUGUUUAAUAAUUAAUCGGUACAAAAAUGUGCAAGAAAAUUGAUUACUAGCCUACUAGCAUAUGCAGGACUCUUUCUUGGCCGGGAGCAGUGAUUUCCCAAAGUCUUUGCUGGUUGCCCGAUAACCUCAUGGUGACGGCAAGACUCCAGGAUGAAACAAGAUCAUGUUAAUUAGUGAGCUUUAGCGAUGCUGGGAGGUGGACUUUUUUACCUUUUGACAAAGCAAGGCUAGCUGUUUCCCUGUGUUUCCAGUCUUUAUGCUAAGCUCAGCUAACUGCAACUGUAAGCUAAGCUGUAGCUUCAUAUUUACAGCACAGAUGUGAGAGUGGUGUCAAUCUUUUUAUCUAACUCUCAGCAAGAAAGCAAAUAUAUUUCCCAGAAUGUCUGUUCCUUAAUAUUACUUCCUUUACACAGGGAGCUAAAGUCAUUCACACUUUCAGCACAUUUCAGAUUUACAUCUCUAAAUUAUCAAUGAAAAAGUUGCAUUAGCCACCUAGCUGCCAGUAUACAAGAGGGUGGUCAUGUUUAACUUUUGCUUCAGCUCCCUGUAACCGUGUGAUCAAGGAUGAAGACAUUGUUAUAUAUUUGCUUGAGCGGUUAACACUUGAGAUUGCCCACUUUUGUUAGAAGCAGUGUCACAAACUCCAGCCAUCACAUCCCAACUGGACUCAAUCCUGAUCUUAAACUACCACUGAAAUCUGUCCAAUCACGCCAGUUUGCAGCAGAUAUACCAGGAAUUAUAGGAGCCGCAGCUGUCAGCCAUUCAGCAUGUUUGUUCUUCCUACGAGGACUCUCAUUUAUUUGCAAACCAUCAUUCAGAACACUUGAACAAUAUUGCACCUUUCACAGUGAGGUGACACCGACUACAUCAGCACACCAUUAUAUGAGAUGCAUUAUGAAAUCUGACUCAUAAAUCAUCUGUUUCAUGACGUGUGUGGGUGGAAUAGUAAAUCUUUUCAACAGUUAGUGUCUUUUUUUUUUUUUUUUGUCAGUA